CAACACAAAUAAUUCCGACAACCACAUCCAUUGACCAUCACACCUCCGAAGCGCAACCCUCACGGCGAUCACCCCGCGAUUUCUAGAUAUAGUACGAACCUUUGAUUGAUCAGCAUCGCCAGCACAUAUGAACCAGGACCCGACGCCGACUCGUGCGCAACCGACCGACUGUACUGUCGAUUUUCCCAUUUCCCUCCCCCUGGGGGCGGCACGCCACUCUUUUUCUUUGCGAUCGUGCCGGUCGCUGCGCAUAUAGACCUCUGUCUCUGCUUAGCUCACAUCUUUCUUCCGCGAAAGGAUGCCGGACGCGGCUUCGCGCAAGGGCUUGACUGCGUCGCCGUCGCAAAACAAUGUCUCUGCAAACAAGAAGGCCGCAAAGGCCACGGGCGAGGAGGCCACCAUAAAGGUCGCCUCCAAGAAGGAGCCCAGGACGCCGGCUAACGGCCCGGCGAAGCUCAAGCGUGCGAUACCGAAGCUGAAUGGGAUCGGGAACUGGCGUGAUGCGACUAUCGUGAAUGUCGAGAAGAAGAAGUCAAAAGCAAAGGAAGCGAGCGCCAAAGCAAGGAAUAAAUCGCCAGGCCCUGUGGUGAAUCCGACAGAGGAAAAUUCACAUGAGACGUUCGAGACGAGUUCUCCAGCAUUAGACAGCCCCGGAUUGCAACAAUGUAAGCACUGCAAGAAGAGCAUGUCCGUGGCGAGAUCGCCGGCACAUAUUGCCAUAUGUCUCAAGGUCAAGAAGGAGAAGGCCCAGCGCAAGAAGGAAGCGCGUGAGGCUCGUGAAAGAGCAAAGGAGGCAGCUGCCCGCGAGGAAGAAGCGCGCAAGGCUGAGGAGGAAGGUGGCGGCGACGACAGUAGCGAUGACGAUGACGACGAGAAAGGCGCUGGUGGUGGCCCAGGCGGCAAGACCACGAAGAAGGCGGCAGGGAAGAAGACUGCCGGCGACGACUCCAAGGGAAAGAAGCGCAAGGCAGAUGGAGAUCCGGAUGGCAAGGGAGGCCCCAAGGCGAAGAAGAAGAAGGACGAGCCAAAGCCCAAGACUGCGAAGCCCAAGGGCCCCGUGGAUGUCGAAAGGCAGUGCGGUGUUCUCACGCCCACCGGUCAGCCUUGCGCCAGGUCUCUUACAUGUAAGACUCACAGUAUGGGUGCCAAGAGGGCGGUUCCUGGACGUUCGCUGCCAUACGAUAUGCUGCUGGCGGCGUAUCAGAAGAAGAACCAAGCGAAACAGCAGAAGGCUGCGCUGGAUGCCAACGCACCACUAGAGGACGACGACGAAGCCAAUGCAGGCCCGAUAGACUCAGAUGAGGAAACCAACUUGGUCAUGUCGGCGCUUGCAAAAUGGAGGCCACAGCCUGUCGUGCCCCAGCCUAUUCAUAUUUCGAUAAAGCGACAAUACCAACUUGCGCGCCUCAACGAGCAACUCCACACAGCCACCAAUGGCGGACGCACCAACAUAUUCAAAGUUAAUGGCUUCGGCGCCCAACGACUACCAGAAGGCCACCCUGGGUUGAUGGACAGUGAGGAUGCGCCCGGCGAGGAGGAUCCCGUCUUGUUUGGUGGUAGGGCCGGCAGUAUCGGCGGCGAUGCUUCCAGGAGGUCCUCAACUUUCAGCAUGUCGAUGCCGCAGGCGCAUGCACACACAGCACCGAGGCAAAAUUCGGUCGUUGCAGGGCGCGCAUAGGGUGAUCCCUGCAUCGAGCUCUCAAUGCCAACUAAGUGGCAGCUCGACAGCCCAAGUGCCGACCAGUCACCAAUCAUCCUAGAGAUGUAGCGCGCGGCCACUCCAGCCAAAGUCGCCAUUGGCAGUUUUAUAGUGGCCUGUCACCGGGUGAAGAAGCCCAGCACAGUCAUACACGAGUUGUCCACGGUCUGGCAGGGGAAAACUUUUGUUCCUCAUUCUAUCAUCUUUUAUCUGAUUUGCUACAUUUCAUCCCAGAGCUCUGUGGCGCAUUCGCAGCCACAAGCCAUUGGGGCAAGCGCUUCACCAUUCUCCGGCGAGAAAUGAUAACAGCAUUACGAUUCUUAUUUGGCGAGCCUAGUUUGCAGAGCAUUCUCUGCUUUGAUACUCGGGUUUACUCUGCGGUACACAGAUUGUCAUGGUCCGCAAUUGUUUGUACACUUACACGUUUGGCGCACAUGGGAUGGAGCGGCGGGGGCUUUCUUUUUUGGGGGUUACAUUACGAGAUAUUAACGGCAGGCACAUGGCGGUUUCGAUUCACGCUUUUUUUGUUGUACAUACGUAUCACGGCUUGUCCUUUGUUCUUACUCAUCUCGUUCCCGGAUCAGGGUUUCAAUAGGCGGUUGGGAUACCUUGAUUUUUCCCCUCACGGUGUAAUGUUGGCUCUCUUGUCUAGACUAGGUACUUACCGAGGUAACUAGGCCAAUUAUAUAUUAUGCUUACUGCCCAA